AUGCGGCGCUUUAGCCGCUUCGACCUCCUCCACAUCCCGGCGGCGGAGCUCUCCGCUGCCUUCCGGAAGCGGCUUGCCAGCCACCGCGCUGCGCUCGGCGCUCUGCGCUUGCCCGCUGCGUUCGAUGACGCCACCGGCCACCUCGUGCGCGGCUGGGACGAGGCCUCUGCCCAGUCGUCCGACGCCGACGCUCUCGCGGCAGCAGACGCCAGCGCGGGCCGUGCGGUCGCAGCGAUCCGCUCCCUGGAGCCGGCCAUCCGCUCGUCUCCGUCCGCGCAGGCGCUGCUACACGGCACCUUCUCUGCCAUCAUCGGCGCCCGCGCACUCGUCCAAUCCGCCGCCGCGGGCGCCAGCCCCGAGGCUCGACGGGGUAUGCUCCUCGAAGGCAGCCUCCUCUCCUCUCUCUGCGCCGACGUCAUUGAGGACGCCCGCGCGUUUUGCCGCGAGAAGUACGGCGACAGCCCAGAGGUGCGGCUGCAGCGGGUGGUGGCGAGCGGCGGCGGGGACGAGCCCGGCACGGGCGGCCGAGCGAGCGGCGAGGAGGGCGGCGAGGCCGCCCAAGCAGACGGCGUGCUCGUCGCUCCCUUUGUCGGCUUUGCGCUGCACGAGCUGCUGAAGAAUGCGAUGGGAGCGCACUGCCGCUCGGUCGGCGCCGACUGUCUCGACCGGCUGCCUCCGGUGAUCGUGCGGUACGGAUCAAGGGGCGGCGCACCUUUCGAGGGCCUCGGCAUGGGCUUGCCGCUCGCCGCACUGCACGCGCGCUACCACGGCGGGGAGCUGCACCUCCGCCCCGCCGGCCAGGCGGGCUGCCACGCCGCCUUCUCGCUGCGCGUCGCGGCCGACGCCGCCGAGCCCGAGGGGGAGGAAGGGGUGUCGUGGCAGUCCGCGGAGAGGUGA